AUGGCUGGAAUCCGAGCAAAAGCACAACAUGUAAUCCGAAUACUCACAUCUUCACGACUCAAAAAAACAUCCGAACCACGAUCCAACUCCAAAACCCGAAGCAAGAGCCAUAGCACAGCUCGGGCUCAUCCAGCCUUGCAGAUCCCAGAAUUGCUCGACCUCAUUCUUUGGCAUUUAGAUCCACGCACACUCCUCACUACCGCGCAGAGAGUUUCCAGAACCUGGUGCCAAGUCAUCCACACAUCACCGCGCCUUACUCGACAAUUAUUCUCUACGCCUUCACUUCAGCCUUCAACUACACAAUGUCGUGUCUUUUGCCCCUUGGUAGAGGACCUAUUCCCAGGCUGGAUACGGGUCAUCGACACAACGAAAGACACAAAAAUGGGCAUGAAAGCCUUUAACACCACCAAAGCAACUCUCCAGUUCCGCAACUGCCUACCAUUCAAGGCCAGCGCAUCUGAUAACCCAUACCUCCGUAACGGCGCAUCGUGGAUGGAAAUGCAAGUCGCCCACCCACCGAUUACAAACAUCGCCAUCAACAUCAUGUACUGCAACUUGCAGCACUCGCAAACAAACCUCAUACAAAAAACGUACCCCACGGGCAUGCGACUACUGGACCUGUAUGCACUGAUUCUUCAAUGGGUAUCUCGGGGAUGUCAACCGCGCAGGUUCCAAGUCGUGCGUGCGGUGGCGGGGAACAUCCAGGCCCAGCAUAUUCCGCUGGCUAGUAUGCUGUUCACGCCGCUGUUUCGCCCGUAUAAUGGGAUACAGCACUACAAGUUUGAUGGCCUGGAUGCAGAUUUGUUCGUGGAGCUGCAGACGCCGCAGCCGUGUUGUCCCUCACCGAUGAGCGAGGAAGAGAGGCAGUUCUGGGAGAAUUGCGGGCGGGCGUUUCUCGAGACGGAGUACUAUGAGAGGUACUACCAUGAGGAUUACUAG